AUGGCUCAGAUUGAAAUACGAGCUGAAAAUGAAUUACAGACGAGAAAUCGCAUCGUUGUUAACCAUCUUAAGGAUCGUGAGAACUGCAUUGUCCUUAAAAUUGAUACUCAUAUGACUACGGUAAAUAACAUAUCACCAUUUGGAUUUCAUUUUGAAAUGGAUAAAAAACGUUAUAAAGAGCGGAAGAAGCAAAUUCGUCGUCAAAGUAAGUUUUGCUAGUC